AUGGAUCCCAAGUCAGAGGCAAAAUCAGACCCUGAAUCAACUCCAAAGUCACAUCCAUUUCUCAGUAAUAUCGGUAUCGAGACGGUCGAUCUAUAUGUCGGUCCAAAUCGUACGCAUUAUCGAGUGCACAAGAAUAUUCUCUGUACCAAGAUACCAUACUUCAAUAAAAUGUUCAACGGCGGUUUCUCAGAGGCUUCAAACAACUCCGCAGAAUUUCCCGAAGAUUUUUCUGAGUCAUUUGAUGUAUUACUUGAAUGGGCGUAUUCUCAGUAUCACCCACUCCGACCUUUGAAUCGUGUUUCGCCCGGCUCUGUUUCUACAAAUUGGAACACUAUCAAUUUUUACCUACUUAUGGAUAAACUAUGCAUACCAGACCUGAUGAAUGAGGCAAUGGAUCUCAUGCGACAGUUUGAUAAAGACAAUGACUUUCUACCCUCAAUUAACCACGGAAUCUGGGUUUACAGAAGAUCGUUGCCGGGCUCAAAAAUACGUUUAUAUGUAUUAAACAGCUUACUCUAUGCCUUUUCCUUGAACCAGGAGCCCGAUCUAACACCGAUGGCCCUUUUGAUGGGUGUAGUAACAAGAGAGACUGAUCUGACUGCCGAUUUCCUCACAGCCGUUCGAGGUCAAGUCCGUGGGGGCCCAAAGUCGACCAAUCCAUCAGCAGGUGAUGGUGGUAUUUAUCAUAUUCAUGGAGAAGGAAUCGGCUGCAGCUGUUCGUUGAGUUAG